CAAGAUGUUGGCAGUGGUUUUGCUUAUUUUAUUAGGACUCGGAGGAUUCUCCGCCACCACAGCUAUACGAAUCAAAGGAAACUCCAGCGAAGGAGGAAUUUUCAGGGAUCAGCGGAUCAUUGGAGGUCAGGCUGCUGAUGAGGGCUUUGCCCCAUAUCAAAUAUCCCUGCAGGGCAUCUCCGGUGCUCAUUCCUGUGGUGGAGCUAUAAUUUCCGAGCGAUGGGUACUCACAGCCGCUCACUGCGUAGUCAAUGCCAAUAUCCAAUGGCUGGUGGUCGUCACAGGUACCAAUCAGUAUAACCGACCGGGAGGUAGGUAUUUCCUAGAAGCCAUCCACAUCCACUGCAACCAUGAUAAUCCUGCAAUGCACAAUGACAUCGCGCUGCUGCACUUGAUUGAGCCGAUUGUGUGGGAUGAACGCACCCAACCGAUUCCACUGGCCCUGGUUCCCAUGCAGCCGGGUGACGAGGUGAUCCUUACUGGCUGGGGAUCCACGGUCCUCUGGGGCAGCAGUCCCAUCGAUCUCCAGGUUCUCUAUCUCCAGUACGUUCCGCAUCGGGAGUGCAAGGCCUUGUUGAGCGACGAUGAGGACUGCGAUGUGGGCCACAUCUGCACCUUUUCGAGACUGGGAGAGGGUGCCUGCCAUGGAGACUCCGGCGGACCCCUUAUCAGCAAUGGUUACCUCGUCGGACUGGUCAACUGGGGAUGGCCCUGUGCCACUGGACUUCCGGACGUCCAUGCCAGUAUCUUUUACUAUCGGGAUUGGAUACGAAAGGUCAUGAGUGGGAAUACGAAAUGUACUGGCUUUGGCUCUUACCUGGCCUAAAGGUCCCAUACUGUAAGGCUAUCGAUGCCCAUAAAGUAUACCAGUUUAUAAGGCCUCGAUAAAAUAGCCCUCGAUAAGAAAUGGCUAAUUAAUAAAGUUUUGAUAGCGAU